AUGUUCACCAAGAAGACACUGGGCAGGAAGGCCCGCGCCGGGGGGACUCUGACAGGGCGCACGCGUGGUGUGGGCAAGAGCAGUUUACUCUUACGUUUUGCGGACAACACUUUCUCAGGCAGUUACAUCACCACGAUCGGAGUGGAUUUCAAGAUCCGGACUGUGGAGAUCAAUGGAGAGAAAGUGAAGCUGCAGAUCUGGGACACGGCUGGGCAGGAGCGCUUCCGCACCAUCACCUCCACGUAUUACCGGGGGACCCAUGGGGUCAUCGUGGUUUAUGACGUGACCAGUGCCGAAUCCUUUGUCAACGUCAAGCGGUGGCUUCAUGAAAUCAACCAGAACUGUGAUGAUGUGUGCCGAAUAUUAGUGGGGAAUAAGAAUGAUGACCCCGAGCGGAAGGUGGUGGAGACAGAAGAUGCCUACAAAUUUGCUGCACAGAUGGGCAUCCAGUUGUUUGAGACCAGUGCCAAGGAGAAUGUCAACGUGGAAGAGAUGUUCAACUGCAUCACAGAGCUGGUCCUCCGAGCAAAGAAAGACAACUUAGCAAAACAGCAGCAGCAGCAACAGAACGAUGUGGUGAAGCUCACGAGGAACAGUAAAAGAAAGAAACGCUGCUGCUAAUGCCUCGCUCAGCCCCCUGCAGAGACUGCACUGCGGCCACUCCCCCAGCCCGAGGCCCGCGGGGCUCCUCGGGGGACAGUCUCAGUUUUGUGCCGUUAUUUAAAGAAUUCUCUCCACGUUUUUGUAUCUGGAGGCGCCAUCGGCACUUCCUUCCCUCCCCCUCGAGUACUAAGAAGGUGUUGGACAACUUGCCCUUCCCUUCUGGUGCCCCUGCCCCUUGGCCAAGGCGCCUGGGCCCAGCAAGGACGCUGCCAGCCGAGCGGACUGAUUAACCAAGAGUUUGUACAUAAUGUAUAUUGCUUUAACCAACAUGUCACCCUUGACCUGCUCUGGCUUUGCCUCCCUAAUGCCAGCCUGCUGCAACAGACCCUCCCGCCCCAUCCCAUCUUACCGCCAGCAGCUUCCUGAGGAGACGAGAUCACGUUCUAGCCACGUCUUUUGCCAACCUGGGCUGGUGGAGUGGGCUCCAUGUUACCUGUUGUCUGCUGCAAGCCGUCGUCGACUUGUCUUUGGGUCUCACCCAUCUCUAGGGCCUGUGCCACCUCCGUUCCCAGCCCAGCUCUCUUCCUUCCCCAUCCCCUGCCUCUAACCGUUCUGGCAGCUGGGGAAGCCUGGCCUUGAGGUAGGCCUGGGGUUCCCAUUAGAGGCCUGGCCUCGGCUGGCCCAGCCCUUUGGUUCUGCAGGAGCCACUCCUGCCCUUUGGCCAACAGAUUCUUGUCCUGCCUUCUAGAUGCCUCUGAGCUACAAACCUAGAGGGCUGUAGCUUCUAUUUAUACCAACCUGUUUCAGUUCCAACAGUAAGGCAGGGUGUGUUCAUGCAGGGAUGGGGCUUAGGAGCAUUAUUUUAACAGAUAAAAUGAAGCCAAAUCAAAUGAAUUAAGUUCCUCACACAUUUUUCUCUUCCUGAGGUUUGGUUGGCACAGCAGCAAAAGCUGUGGCCUCCGCACUUUGGGGCCAGUGUUUUUAGAAAAAGUGAAUGGCUUCCUGUCAUUGUGGGGCUGGGCUCUUGGCAAAUCAGCUCUGUCUUCCUGGACGUUUCUUGGGAAAGGAGAGGGGGCCUCCCAACCUUAUCUGUGUUGGCCGAGGCCUCCCACUGAGUUCCUGGGUCUUUGAUGCAGCACCGGGCGCCUUCGACUGUGGGGAGUGGGUGCCAGGGGCUGCUGGACUAUGGCGACAGUGCCUCUGAGCUGGAAGGCAGGCAGCCUGGGAUCACUGACAACUGUUUUAGUACAGAGAUAGCACGAGGAUUUCUUAGGUGGGAAGGAAUGGCAGCUGGGGCUGGGAGCCAGCCAGCUUUGACCCACCCUGGUCCCUUGGAGGAAAAACCAGGGUUAUCUGCACUUGAUUACUGUCCCCUUCCCUCCCCCUUAGGACACUUCAUUCACCUUUCCCCUAAAAGGAUCACGUAACCUGGGAAUAAUUUAUUUCAACACCAUGAUGCGUUUUAUUAGAUUUCCUUUCCUAGGCGAUUACCAGGCGAAGCCCUGAUUGGACAAUCACAUCACAGAUCACACUGCAGAUUUUCCACAUUAACACUGUUGAUGGGUUUUUAAUCAAUCAAAACGGGGGGUUUCUUCUGACCUGUUUCUCCACUUCCCCAAACUGCCAAAACACCGUGGUUCCAUGUGACAGGCCUUCACGUUGGAACGUGGGAUGAGGCGGGGGAGUUCUGUGGGCCUGAGAAGGCGGUGCUGUGGAGGGUGGCUGCAGGGCCGACCAGCAGGCAGCCUUGUCUGGUUGCGGGGCCAGGAGCAAAAGCAGGGUCUCUGUCCUUAGACUGUCCUGGCUGACCAUGGAUCCUGUGCAGACGCACAGAGCUCUGGGCUCCUGGAGUGGGCAGCACACUCCACUUUAAGCAUUAAGGUGACACCAGUGUGGCAGUGCUUGCAAAUUCAAGCAAUAAGAGGAGGGGGUCCUGGAAACUUCUAGCCCGGGCUAGAAACCAUCAUGGUUCUGGCACCUGGAUGUCCAGACCCAGGUGGUGGGGUAAUUUUGGUGAUGACAGUGUGCCUGUCCCGCUGAGUGUUAAGUAUGCAUGAAUGGGGGGGUGGGGGCAGGGGUGUCAUAGGGCUGGACCGAUGUGUCCUGGUGGACCUGAUGUGAAAUUUCUGUCAAACAACAAAACAUUUAAAUGGUUUGCUAGGAUUAUUUCUGUAUUGAAAGUUUCUAAUUAUGCUUUUUAAAAAAAGUACUAAAAAUAAAGGUUCAAGCUGCCAAAUUUU